AUGGCCGAGGGCUUCUACCAGUCUUUGGAUUCUACUCUUGCUUCACACUUUGGACUACACGGCAACAUGGCGACGACUCACGACCACAACCACGACCACUCCCAAACACACUUGGGAGUGGACGUUGACAUCCCUACGCCGAUCACUCCCGGCGAGUCGGAUUUGCUGACAAGCGAGAUGUCGGGUCUCACCAUCAACGAACGAAGCCGACCUCGUCUUCUCCCGUCUUACCCAUCCGCAACAUCUCCUCGUACAAGCAGUCCUACUGGGUCCGUCAGGAGCGCGUAUACUACCAAGCGUCGCGUCAGCCGUCGUUCCUAUAGCAAUGAGUUCCAUUCAAGCUCUCACAGCUCCAGCUUCAGUUCCGAAGUGUCGAAGGAGCUCACUCGACAGGCAGAGCUUGAGUUCGCGGCGCUCACGGAACUCAUGUCUAGCAUGUCGAGGCGAAGCAUGUCGUUGCGCGAAGUCUGGAGCAAGAUCAUCACCGAGCGCGAGUCUGUUUACUCUGAGAUGCAUCGCAUGACUGAGCGCUACGAGGAGUUGACUGAGGUCAUGGAGCGCAAGGAGAGGGAGCAUAGUCACCACAACCACGAGCGUGAGGGCCAAAAGCAAGAGCUUGUUAAGGUGCGCCUGGAGCUCACUGCAGCCAUCAACAGCGCUUCUAAGUUCAAGUUGGAGCUAUCUGCACGAGACAACGAGUGCAAGACGCUCCGACACGAGAUUGCCGAAGCCAAGGAUACCUACACCUACAUCAAGAAAGAACACGAAGAGCUGAAGAAGACCUCUGAGCAGACGAGACUCACCUUGGUGGCCACUACAGCAGCCCGUGCCGAUCUUGAGGAUCAGUGUGGCAAGUUGCGAGGCGAGCGUGCGGACAUGGACCUGAAGCUCACCGAGCUGACCUCCAAGCACGAGGAGAUCACCACCAAGUUUGAGUCGAGUCACAAGGAGCUCGUAGACAUUAGGAAGAGCCACCUCAUACUCAAGGAGGAGAAGCACGAGUGGCUCCACAGGCGGGGUGAGCUUGAGGACCACAUCCGGAAGUGCGAUCACAAGUAUGAUGAGCUGAAGCGGAAGUACAAGGAGAUUGAAGAGAUGUACGAGAAGAAGAAGUCUGAGGUCAAGGAGCAGCAGGAGACUGUCAUUAGAGUCAAGAACGAAAAGGAGGAGGCCAUAACCAAGGUCAAGAGUGAGAAGGAAGAAGCCAUCACUAGAAUCAAGAACGAGAAGGAGGAGAUCAUCAUCAAGAUUCGGAACGAAAAGGAAGAGCUCGAGCAGUACAUCAUCAGACUCAAGCGUGAGCUUGAGGAUGAGCACUGCCGGUGGGAGGCGGCCGAAGACAACUGCGGCAAGUGGAAGCUCAAGUGGGAGCAUUGCGACCGUGAGAUCAUUUCCCUCCGCGAAGAGAUCUCUCGUAUCGAGAUUUCAUGCACCGAACUGCGGGAAACCAUCACGAAGAAGACGGAAGAGCUUCGUAUUCUCAUCAUCGAGAAGAAGCGCCUCAAGGAUGAGGGCGAGCGUGCCGUCGGUCGCGCCAACGAGAACCAUCGUCAGCUUCUCCUCGUACAGGAGACCCUCAGCCACACUGAGAGCAUUCUGAAGAAGUCGCAAGAGGAAAUCCAUACCAAGACGGAACGCAUCGAGCGUCUUGACUGCGACCUGGGUGACUGCAGGAAGCAGAUCGAGAAGCUCCAGAUCGAGAUCGAGAGUCACCAGUCCGCUUCGGCUGUGCUCAAGAUUGAGGUCGAGACGCUCAACAGCAGGUGCGGCGCCCUCAAGGCCAAGUGCCACGAGUGGGAGGUCAAGUACGAGGAGGCCUAUGAGAGCAUCACCGAGAUUGAGGAGGGAAGCUCCAGCUACGAGUACGAGAUUUCGGCUAUGCGUACCAUGCUACGCGAGGCGAGGGAGCAGAAGGAGACUGCCAUCACCGCACGCAACACGGCCGAUCGCGAGCGCGACGAGGCUGUGGUGAGAUUCGAGGAGAAGUGCAGGGCGAUGGAGAGGUUGGAGGAGAGAAUGAGUGCGCAGAUGCAUGAAUUGAACCGAUCUGGGACCAAGACUACUACGACGAGUACCACUCGGAAGUCGGGUCAUCGGGUGAAUAGUAGCGGCAGCGGCGUCAUCUGCGUUGAGACCUGA